CUUAACACGAAAAAUGGCGACGUAAACAAAUCUUGACCGAGGGAAGGAGAAGCAAGAAAGCGCUCCCUAAAGCCCGCCGGGUCGUCAAACCUGGGUAUAUUGACAGCUAUACGAUAAUCUUCCCCAGACGGCAUGAAGGGAGCGAAACAGGGUGGAAGUCGUGCCAAGAGACUCCCAGUGUUCGUCAGCCCCGCAGAACUGCAAUUUGUUGGAGAAGAUGAAGCUAGCCACAAGCAAAUCCUGACCCUCUUUAACCCUUACAAUUUCAACAUCAGAUUCAAAGUUCUGAGUAGUGCUCCCCACAAAUACUCUGUACAUGAGUCUCAAGGGACGCUCAACCCUCGCUGCUGUACUGACCUGCUCAUCUGUGUGUCCAGGAUAGUGUAUCACCGCUUGGCCUCAAGUGGACCAUAUGAUGUCUCAGACAAGUUCAAGAUCGAGCUAUUCUACAACCAGCGAGGCAGCACUACACCCAUUGGCUUGAAAUUCGUCAUCUCAACACUACUCAAAUCCAAAUCUGGUGCACAGAGUUUUGACGAGCCAACAGCCGAUGGGUUGAGGGAUUACGUAUCGCUGUCUUCCCACCCCCAUCUCCCACCUUCUGAAAGGAGGGGGCUUUUCACCCUCGCCAUUCUCAAAUCAUGAUCGUGAAAUGCAAGCAAUCAACAUUACUACUCAUCAGGACUACUAUUUUCAAUCUUCAAGUGUUGUGUUUUUGUGUGUUCAGCAGGUCCACGUAUAAUAUUGUACUAUGUUGUGUUGUCACCGUAAGGCCACCUUUUCUUAAAUGUAAAACUUAAACACUCAGACACUCAUGUCAACACACUUGGCUUUCACUCUCAUCAUCAUUUUAUCAUCAUUAUAAUUAUUAUCCUCAUCAUUCAUCAUGAUUCAGUAAAUAUUUUGUUCACAAAUCACGCCACUGGUGAGCCUUGGGGUACUGGUUUGGCGUGUGAGGGGUCAGAAUUGGGGGUUCCAGAGUCAGGGG